AUGUCCUCGGAGAUGUACCUGGUUGCAGGCCUGUUGCUGGUGGGGUUUGGAAGCAUGGCCCUCUUGCAGUACGUGUUCAUGUCGAAAUUCAUGAAGAAGAUGAAGCUGAUGGAGCCUUUGUCCUUCUUGGAGCAGAGGCAUGACCGUGCUGAAGGCUUGCUCUGGGAUGUGACCCGUCAUGUGAUGAGGGUCCUGGAGUGCUGGAGGCCUGAAAGCAACCCGCAGUGGGCUGCCAGGCAGAUGUACCCUCUGAUGGAGGGAUGCUGGAGGGCUGCAGCAAGGCUUGGAGUUCCUGGUGAGCAGCUGUGGAAGCUGUUGUGCACCGAAGUGAAUUGGAGGAGCUGCAGGGACUACCUGGUGGGUGGAGAAAACAAGAGCUUGACCAGCAUGGAGAAUGCCUCGAAGUUGCAGGCUGGCAUGUGGAGUCCUUUGAUUGGAGAAGAGUUGGAGGACUUCAUGCAGAACAAGAGCUCUGAGAUCCUGUUCUUCCAAUUGCAGGUGGUGGCUCGAGUGCAGGAAGUCCGAGCGCUGCUGGCCAGUGAAGAGCUUGCAGAGGAGAAGAAAGCUGCAGCCAGAUUGUAU